AGAAUGGGGAAGAAGAGGAGGAGGAAGAAGAAGAAGAAUCACGAAGCGGAAGAGGAAACAAGAAGAAGAAGAAGAAGAAGAUGAAGGGCGUCUUUCACUAAUAAAUAACAGUUAGAAAAGUGGGACUGUACGCAACAUCGACCAUGACGCUUGCCAUGGGACUAACAACGUAAGAACUAUCGAAGGGGCCAGGGACCUUGUUGGCGAAAUGGCAGCUCGUCCGGCAGUCUGUUUGUUUGUGCUGUCUCGCUUUUUUUUAUCCCUCGCGUCUGUGCCGAUUCCGCCCUCCGCACCGAUAGGUAACCACGGCUAUGGUACAGCAUCAGCGGAAUUGCUCAGCACACGGCGGGCCACCUCAGUUAUCUUCAGGAUCCAUGGAUCGAGAAUCAGGACUCAUAUACGAUACUUUCGGGCACGGUGUAGAGUAGGUUAUAGAGCACUAUCUAGUGGCGUUGUGGAGGCGGGGGAAGCUUUUCGCCAGGUUCGCGUGAGGACCAGUGGGCCACUGGUCUUCUGUACUCUAUGCUAGCUAACGGACAUAAAUAGAGUAGAGUGGACUCCUCACAGGCUCACCUAGCUAUCUACCUAGUUCCAUUGCGGAGAAGAACGACAUCUAG